AUGCAUAUCUGCGCUCGAUUGUGCGUUUUGCUUCUAUCCCUAGCUGGACCGACUUCAGCAGCCCUCAACUGCCGGCCAGAAGGGCCAGUUCUUCCCAAACCGAAGCUCAGCGGCUCGCCGAUCUUCAAGUCAGCAGGGGAGAACCUCACAAAGACUCUGGAUGAUGCCGUAAAGGGCGUCAUCAAAGCAGGAUGGCCUGUGGAAAACGUGUCGUUUUCCCUGGCUGUUGUGUCCACGGACCAGGAGAGUGCAGGCGUCCCUAUCUGGGAGUAUCACCAUCGGGCAGAGAGGAACGACCGAGGUGUCAAAAAUAUCACUCGUGAUUCGCAGUACCUGAUUGGCUCUGUGAGCAAGGUCAUCUCGGACUAUAUCCUUCUCAAGUCUGGGGUCGACAUUGAUCGUCCGGUUACCGACUUUCUUCCAAAGCUGAAUAGCUCCAGGUCCAAGGUUCGUUGGAAAGACAUCACGCUGCGCAUGCUUGGGUCCCAGUUAAGCGGGGCGCCUACAAAUAACGGAUUCUCCGAGUACUACUAUCUGAAAGAACUCUUCGUCCAAUCUGGAUUCCCGUCAAUUAAGGACUCAGAUUACCCACCAUGCGGCGUCAUAGGCUUCAACAAAGGCUGUUCUGCAAAUGAGAUUCUCGAGGGCAUGAUAAGCCAAUACCCGGUCACGGCGCCCAUGGAGCGCCCAGCUUACUCAAAUAUUGCAUUUGUAGUGUUUGCCAUGGCACUUCAAGAAGCUACUGGGAAGAACUACACCGAGUUGGUGGCGGAUAUUGUGUCCAAGCCGCUCGACUUGCGGAGCACUCUUCCAUCCCCCGGAGACGAUGGCAAGGCUGUGAUCCCCCCCGGAGAAAGCUCUUGGGGUGCAGAUUACGGAUACAAUGCCCCUGGUGGCGGCUUGGUAUCAAGCGUAUCCGAUCUCUGCAAGUUCACUCACGCCCUCCUUACACGGUCGCUCGAUCUAACACCAACACAAAUAAGGAAAUGGCUGAAGCCGGAGGACUGGACUGGCGCCUACAGUGCAGUCGGGAUGCCCUGGGAAUUCUUCCGACCUCUCACCCUUACGCCUUCGCACCCGCACCCGGUCACCGUGGCUGGCAAGGGCGGCGGCGCGCAGCUUUACAGCAGCCAGCUGAACGUGGUAGAUGAAUACGGAAUGGGUCUCGUCAUGCUCUCUGCGGGAAACCCAGGGGCUUCUAUCGCCCUCUCCGACGCUCUUCUUGCGACCUUUGUCCCGGCGGCAGACGAGGUCUCCAGGGACCAGGCUGAGAAGCAGUAUGCCCGCACUUUCAAGUCUGAGCGUACAAACACGCAAAACAAGUUGAUCGAAGCGACCUUCAAGUUGGACAAUGAUUCCCUCGUCAUCUCUGAAAUUCGGGAUGGCGGCAACGACGUCUUUGGUGGUAUCAAGAAGAUUUGGGGCCUGACCAUGGGCCAGUAUACGGCGACUUUUGGUUCUACAAUGAGGCUUUUCCCCACGGACCUGUAUCAAACGACCCAGAUGGAAGGAAGGAAUGUCACUGCAGAGGUUUGGCGUCUGUGGCCGGAGUUUGGCGAGCCCCUCGAGUCUGACAUGCCUGGUUCGAAUUUGGGCUUCGAGAACUGUUUGCAGUGGGCUCUUGGGGAUUGGAUCCAUUAUGGAAAAGAGCCUCUUGACAGAGUCGUCUUCUACAAGGACGCUAGUCAGGAUGUUGUUGGCUUUGAGAUGCCUUUCCUUCGAUCUGGAAUCUUGAAACCCAUGUAA